CUUCUUUGUCGGCGCUCGACGAUUAGUCGCGUUGAGAGCGGGUGAUUGUAUUCCAACUGCGAGCCGGUUGCCCGUUGUUCAUGGGGCGCCGUGUGGACUUGCGGCCUCUUGUUUAUUGGCGGUGUUAACCUGCGCCGCCGCUCCGGGCGACCACCGUUUGUGGCCGGCUCGUCGGUCGGACAACGCCGCUGAACGGCCGGCCCGGUUUCUUGGCGAGAACAGUAGUACCAGGGCACUAGGUGCUAACCCCAGUCUUUAAACUGACAUGUGUACUCCUUCAGAAUUUUACUGUCUGGGUCAAUUUUCUCUUGCCAGUGAGAUCAAUGAUGUCCUUUCACGAACAACUGACAGAAGGUGUAUUCCUUUGGGGCAGGAAUUAUUUUUGUGCCACUUUGACUGAGUUCUAUUCUGAUGUGAAGCAUGCUAUUGGAAGUCAGCAUGUCAAGUGGCUGAAACUGAAAGUGCCAACACUUCUCAAUAAAAUAUGGGGAACACCACAACUAAAUUUCGUAAAGCGCUGAUAAAUGGGGAUGAGUCUUUGGCUUACCAGCUGUAUGAGAGCAAUCCUCAGUUCAAAGAGUCUCUGGAUCCAAAUACCUCUUACGGGGAACCAUAUCAACAUAACACUCCUCUUCAUUAUGCUGCCAGACAUGCUAUGAGCAAGUUGUUACGAAUCUUCCUUUUCAACAAAGAUGGGAAUCCAAACAAGCGGAAUAUACAUAAUGAGACUGCUUUGCAUUUGUUGUGUAUGGGGCCGCAUAUCAUGCUUCCUGAAGCAGCCCUGCAGCCUCGUCUUGCACGACCCUAUGAAGAUGAUGACAAGAGAGCUGAAUGUCUACACUUGAUCCUUAGGUGGAAGGGUGCCAAACUUGACAAAAGCGAGUUCGAAAAGGCUGAAAACAAUGCCAUAGACAACAAAAAGAGCACACCUUUGCACUAUGCUGCUGCCUCAGGGAUGAAAACAUGUGUGGAGCUUUUAGUGAAAUAUGAUGCAGACCUCUUUGCAGAAAAUGAAAACCGAGACACGCCCUGUGACUCUGCUGAGAAACAGCAUCAUAAGGAUCUAGCUCUGAAUCUUGAGUCACGGAUGGUAUUUUCACGAGAUCCAGAAGCUGAAGAAGUGGAAGCAGAGUAUGCAGCUUUGGACAGAAGAGAGGCAUAUGAAGGAUUAAGGCCACAGGACUUGAGGAAGCUCAAGGAUAUGCUGAUAGUUGAAACUGCAGACAUGCUUCAAGCCCCACUCUUUACUGCAGAGGCACUGCUCAGAGCCCAUGACUGGGAUCGAGAAAAAUUACUUGAAGCUUGGAUGCUAAACCCUGAAGACUGUUGCCAACGUUCAGGUAUUCAGAUGCCAAUUCCACCUCCCAGUGGAUAUAAUGCAUGGGACACUCUUCCCUCGCCACGAACACCUCGCACCACCCGUUCCUCUGUCACCUCUCCUGAUGAUCUCAGCUUAUCUCCAACUGAUGAUGAUACACCUGUGUGUGGGAUUUGCAUGUGCAAUAUUUCCGUAUUUGAAGAUCCAGUGGAUGUACCUUGCGGUCAUGAAUUCUGCAGAGGAUGUUGGGAAGGGUUUUUGAACAUCAAGAUUCAAGAGGGAGAAGCCCACAAUAUAAUAUGUCCAGCCUUUGACUGUUUUCAACUAGUUCCUGUAGAUAUCAUAGAAAACUUGGUUUCCAGAGAAAUGGACAAACGCUAUUUGCAGUUUGACAUUAAGGCAUUUGUGGAAAAUAAUCCCGUUAUCAAAUGGUGCCCCACCCCUGGCUGUGAGAGAGCAGUAAGACUUACAUGCCAAAGAUCAGGUUCUACGAUGGACCAGUUGAAAUUUCCUCUGCUUAGUGCACCCGCAGUGGAUUGUGGAAAAGGACAUCUCUUCUGUUGGGAGUGUCUAGGAGAAGCCCAUGAACCCUGUGAUUGUCAAACAUGGAAAAACUGGCUGCAGAAAAUUACAGAAAUGAAACCAGAAGAACUUGCUGGUGUAAAUGAAGCAUUUGAAGACGCUGCCAACUGUCUUUGGCUGUUAUCUAAUUCUAAACCAUGUGCCAACUGUAAAUCUCCAAUUCAAAAGAAUGAGGGCUGCAAUCACAUGCAGUGUGCCAAGUGUAAAUAUGAUUUUUGUUGGAUUUGUCUGGAAGAAUGGAAGAAACACAGUUCGUCUACGGGAGGCUAUUAUAGAUGUACUCGAUACGAGGUCAUUCUGCAGGUUGAAGAGCAGUCAAAGGAGAUGACAGCUGAGUCAGGUGGUUCUUUGAAUUUUGAAAGUAGUACAAAUCAAGCAUGCAUUUUAGGGAGAAAAAUGCAUUUUCUGUUCCAGGCUGAGAAAAAGCACAAGAAAUUCCAGGAACUGGACAGAUUUAUGCACUACUAUACAAGAUUUAAAAACCAUGAGCAUAGUUAUAAGUUAGAGCAACGUCUUUUGAAAACAGCCAAAGAAAAGAUGGAGCAACUAAGCAGAGCUCUUAAAGGUGUGGAAGGAGUAUCUCCUGAUACAACCUUUAUUGAAGAAGCAGUACUUGAACUCUUGAAAACACGGCGUAUCCUUAAGUGCUCCUAUCCGUAUGGAUUUUUUCUGGAACCUAAAAGCACAAAGAAGGAAAUAUUUGAGCUUAUGCAGACAGACCUAGAGAUGGUGACUGAGGAUCUAGCCCAGAAAGUAAACCGUCCUUACCUCCGCACACCUCGUCAUAAAAUUAUCCGAGCAGCGUGUCUUGUUCAACAGAAAAGACAAGAAUUUCUAGCUUCAGUGGCUCGUGGAGUUGCCCCUGCAGACUCUCCAGAAGUGCAAAGACGCAGUUUUGCUGGUGGAACCUGGGAUUGGGAAUAUUUAGGUUUUGCAUCACCUGAGGAAUAUGCUGAAUUUCAGUACAGGCGACGGCAUAGACGGCGGCGAGAUAUGCAUAGUCUUCGGAGUAGCACACCAGAUCCUGAAGAUCCCAGUGAGAGUACAAUAGAUACCCAGGAAGGCAACAGCAGGCGUCAUGGUACUUCCAUGGUGAGUUCAGCAUCUAUGAGUAUUCUACACAGCUCUUCGCUUCAUGACUAUACCCCUGUCAGUCAUUCUGAGAACCAGGACUCUCUGCAGGCUUUGAGCUCUCUUGAUGAUGAUGACCCAAAUAUCCUGCUAGCUAUCCAGCUAUCCCUGCAAGAAUCUGCCCUAGCUAUGGGUGGUGAACCACAAGAAUUCCUUAACAAUGAACCAUCUUUAGGGGCCAUUGGUACUUCCUUACCCUCAAGGCUUGAUGCAGCUCAGAGAGGCAUGGACAGUGCUAGAGCUCUGAGCAAUUCACAGUUAUUGGAUUUGGAGAACAGUCUGAUGAGACUGAGUGUAAACACCGACCCUUACCCCAAUAGACUUAGUAAUUCAUUUGAUGUACGCACUAGACUCUUUUCAUCUGAAGGUACUGAGCCCACAGAUACAGAUCCUGCAAUGAAUGUAAAUCUUCUUGGUAAUAUUAUGGCCUGGUUCCAUGACAUGAACCCUCAGAGCAUUGCAUUAAUUCCUUCGGCAUCAUCAGAAGCUGACGUUAAUACACAGCGACUCGGUGGAGCGGAGCAGGGAUCAGGCAGGCUUGAGAUGUUACAGAGCCUUCAUGAGGACCAUGCACUGUUUGAAGCCACAGUCAUGAAUGAAGGUAGAGGACCUCAAGUUGAUGAAGCCUACUCUUUCGAAAGUACUGAUGCUACAAAAUCUGAACCAGAAUCAUUGGGUCUGAGUGAAAGCAGGAGUAGAAUAGUCUUGGAUGAUGACUCUCUGCAGAAUAACUCUUCAAAUGAAUGGGAAGAACAAAUUCAUUUAGUAUAACUGCAGCAACAUAGAUACCCGUUGCAGUCACUUGCGUUGUGUCUCUGUUGCUUGGAUUAGCAUGAACCUAGGCUGGCACAUAGUGUAGGAGUGCUGAAGCACCUGUCAAUGAUAGCAAAAAGUUCUGGGUCCUCCAAAGAAUAUCUCAGUUAAUCUUGCAUCAGUACCUGAAUUUUCAAUUAAGUAUUUAGAUCCUUUUUAUCUGAUAAUUCUUACUAACUAGUAAUUAAAGGAUCUAAAGUAAAAUUACUGAUGAUAAAAACACACAAGGGAGGCUACCUUACCCUACAAUGUUGUAGGCAUUAAGAAUUGUACUAAAGGGGAGUCUGUUGGAAUACUUCUAAAUUGAUUGCAGAAGGAAAGUGAGCACUGCCUAUCACAAGUGAAUUGUGGUGCCAAAACUUAACCAGUUGAAACCAGUUUAAUCAAACUAUUGUAUUCAGCUUGUGCCUGCACUCGCCUGAACUAAUCAAACCUCUUUGGAGCCAUCUACUUAAAGUGGCCUCUUUGUGAAAGCAAGUGCAAAUUGGAACUCAAGUAGCAGAGGUGCGGCUUGCGCUUUGACUUGUUAAGUGGUUACUGUUUUAAAACAGUUGAUUUUAAAGAACCCGAAAUGGACAUUAAUGGAGUAAUGUACUCUGUUUAAACUCCUCAGAUACUUUAUCAUAAAUUCAGAAUCUUUUCCUGGGAAGGGGGGGGUAGUGGAGGGGGUGUUGUGGUAGUAUUCUAUUAAAAGAUUAAAAGUACUGUCACCUGGUCUUGAGUAAAAGAAAUCCAGGCCUAUGAUUUCUUAAAUGCAAAGCCAUCCCUUGUAGACAAAAAUGUAAAAAUCACAUGAAAGCCACAACUAUCACUUCAAAUGUCUGGCCUACUCAGUCUAUCAUUGUGCCUUGCCUUACCCACAUGGUUGGUUGUCACAUAUUUUCAAGUCAUCAGAUUUAAGAACAAGCCAACACACAUGAUUCGAAUUAAUUCAUCAUACAAUUGUUGCCAUUUGCAUUUUCGGAUGAGCGUUUUGCAUUGAAUAUAGGAUACAUUUCUGUGGAAUUUUGUAGUCGCAGAUUUAACAGUAUUUUAAAAAUUUGGUUGUACAAUAAUCAAGUUUUUUCCAAGCACGCUGUUGACUGGAAAAGAAAUCUAAUUGUGCUAAUUUUUAUUACUGAAGUUUUUAUCUUUAAAAGCAUCAUGCUAGUUUAAACCAUUAAGUUGCAUUUUUUUCACUCGGAUAAUUUAAUUCAAUAUUUAAUUUGGAGUUUAUUAAAUAUAAACAAUGCAAAGCCCAAGAUUAGUAAGUGGUUUAAGUUUGGAAUGUUUUGCUUAACUGACUGUUUUUACCUUGAGUCGCUGUCUGACAAAGUAGUGUUGCAUUGAAGUAAUUUUGGUUUGAUAUUGGAAAUAAAAAGGAUAUAUAUUACAUGGAAUUGAAUAUGUACUGCAAAGUUAAGCUAUGUAAGAGUGUUGUAUAUGAAGUUAGUAGUUUUGUGGGGUUUUGGUUUUGUAAAACCAUUGUUUAAUUUGUGGAAUUUAAACCAUGAUCCAUUCUGUGUAUUGGCUGUGCAUGGUCAUGAGUCAUUCAGAUUCAGAAUUAUCUUUUCAGUUUCAAGUUUUAAAUGUCUUGGAUUAAUUUGAAAAUCAGAAAAAUUUCAGAAUUAUUUUUUGAGUCAAUGGGAAUUUUAUAAUACUAAAGCCAACUGUUAACCUUGAUUUAUCUUCAAAAGAAUUGUUACUAUUUGCACUUUCGUAGUACUGUACUUAAUACAUUCCCACUUUAUAUAAGGAUAUAAUAUUUAGAUGUUUUGGCCAAUACAAAGUAUCAUUUAAAACUAACAGUCAAACUGUACAAAAUUGAUUGGACAAAUUUUAAAUCAUAAAUAUCAGCAAAUUAUUUAACUUGGGGUCAUCUACCUAAAUUUGUGAAGUUUUUCUUUUUUUUAAGGUCCAAUAUUUCAGUUUUAAAUUUUGCAAUUAUUCCUCUGAAGCCGAAUGAUAAAAUUCAGUUCUAAUGCUAUUGGUUUCAGUGAAAACUACAUUUCCUGUAUUUACUUCCUGUCCUUGGAGUACAAUUUUCUUUGGUUUAAAUGUAAUAUCAUGGAAAUGAAUGAAGGUUUGAUCAACACAAUUGUAAAUUAAUAUUUAUAAUAAAUUCACAUUUCUGGAGUUUUCACAAUG